AGCCGCUAAACCCCCACGCCUCCUCAUCCAGCCACCCACUCCGUCCUCCUCCGCCGCCAUGUGCUCCUCCUACGACCGCUCCCCGUCCCGCGGCGCCGUCGCCGACGACCUCUCGUUCUACCUCGACCUGCCUCCCACCCCGCUGCAGUGCCACCAGCCCAACUGCCGGGCCGCGGAGUCGCCGGAGGACAUGGUGCUCCCCUUCAUCUCCCGCAUGCUCAUGGAGGAGGACAUCGACGACAAGUUCUUCUACGAGUACCCCGACCACCCGGCGCUGCUGCAGGCGCAGCAGCCCUUCCUCGACAUCCUCUCCGACGACGCCUCCUCGUCCCCGUCCGCGGCCGGCAGCGGCGCCAGCGUCACCCACCCCUCCACCUCCUCCCCCAACGCCGCCGACGCGCCCCUCCACCCCGCCGCCGCCGUCGACUGCGACGCCCAGUUCAACGGCUUCGACCUCGACCCGGCCGCCUUCUUCAGCGGCGGGGCCAACUCCGACCUCAUGAGCUCCGCCUUCCUCAAGGGGAUGGAGGAGGCCAACAGGUUCCUCCCCAGCCAGGACAAGCUCGUCAUCGACCCCGACCCGCCCGACGACGCCAAGAGGUUCAGGUUCCUCCGCCCCGCGGAGAACAAGCAGCUCGCGGCAUCCGGGUUCGACGCCGCCGCUCCCGCUGCCGCGGUGGCCGUGGAGGUGGAGGAGGCUGUCGUGGCGGCGCCUGGAGGCGGCGUCGGGGGCCGCGGUCGGAAGAACAGGUUCGACGACGACGAGGACGACCUGGAGAUGCACCGCCGGAGCAGCAAGCAGAGCGCGCUGCAGGGGGACGGCGACGUCUUCGACAAGCAGCACAUGAUCACCUCCCAGCAGAUGUGCGUCCUCGUCGAGCAGAUGGAGAAGCUGCGGAUCCCCACGCAGGAGGAGGCCGCCGCCAAGAAGGCGGCGGCCGCGGGCGGCAAGGCCAAGGCCAAGGGAGGAGGAGGCCGCCGCGUCGGGAGGGAGGUGGUGGACCUGCGCACGCUGCUCCUCCACUGCGCCCAGGCAGUCGCCACCGACGACCGCCGCGGCGCCACCGAGCUGCUCAAGCAGAUCGAGCGGCACGCCAGCGCUCACGGGGACGCCAUGCAGCGACUCGCCCGCUGCUUCGCCGAGGGCCUGCAGGCGCGGCUCGCCGGCACGGGCAGCAGCACCAGCACGCCGCCGCUGAUGCCCAAGCAGCGCACGCCCGUGGUCGACAUGCUCCAGGCGUACCAGCUGUACAUGGCCGCCAUCUGCUUCAAGAAGGCCUUCUACCUCUUCUCCAACCAGACCAUCCACGCCGCGUCCCUGGGCAAGAAGAAGAUCCACAUCGUCGACUACGGGAUCCACUACGGCCUCCAGUGGCCGUGCUUCCUGCGGCGGAUGGCGUGCCGGGAGGGCGGGCCGCCGGAGGUGAGGAUCACCGGCAUCGACCUUCCCCAGCCAGGGUUCCGCCCCGCCCAGCGCGUCGAGGAGACAGGGCGCCGGCUCAGCAGCUACGCCCAGGAGUUCGGCGUGCCGUUCAGGUACCAGGUGCUCGCGGCGUCGAGGAUGGAGACCAUCCGCGCCGAGGAUCUCAACCUGGACCCGGAGGAGGUGCUCAUCGUGAACUGCAUCUUCCAGUUCGAGAACCUGAUGGACGAGAGCGUCUCCAUGGAAAGCCCGAGCCCGAGGGAUGUUGCGCUCAAGAGCAUCGGGAGGAUGCGGCCUCACGCGUUCAUCCAUGGCGUCGUGAACGGCUCCUUCAGCGCGCCGUUCUUCGCGACGAGGUUCCGGGAGGCUCUGUUCCAUUACUCGGCCCUGUUCGACGUGCUGGACGAGACCACCCCGAGAGAUAGCACACAUCGGAUGCUGAUCGAGGAGAACAUCUUCGGGAGGGCUGCCCUGAAUGUCAUCGCGUGCGAGGGGACGGAUCGUGUGGAGCGCCCCGAGACGUACAGGCAGUGGCAGGUGCGGAACCAGCGAGCGGGGCUGAAGCAGCUGCCGUUGAACCCUACUACUGUGCAGGUUGUCCGGGACAAGGUCAAGGGGUGCUACCACAAGGACUUUGUGAUUGAUGUGGAUCACCAUUGGCUCUUGCAGGGGUGGAAGGGCCGCAUCCUCUAUGCCAUCUCGACAUGGGUGGCAAAUGAUGCUGCUGCUGCUGCUGGUUCUUGUUGUUUUUAGCUGUUUUGUUUUUGACUCGAGGUAUGCCUAAUCAGAAUUCAACAUGGUUAACAGAAGAUGGGAGGGAUGAGAAGGCAGCAGAAGGCAUGCAGAAAUCCGUGCUUUGAUGUAAUGUGAAAUAGAUGUUUAUUACGCAGUCGUGUUUCUGCUUAGUGCUAUUUAGUAGUCGAAUUUAGACUUAGAGGUCCUGGUCUGGAUCAUGUUGGCUGCAGCAUGACUUGCGAGUUGUGAUCAAUCCAGUCAGUUGAUCAGGUUGUAAUGGCAGUCCGGUGCUUACUGCACCGGCAUUGUAUGAUAAAGCGCUGAAACCUGUGUUUGUCUAGAUGUUCUGUUCAUUGGAUCUCUUUCCUGAUGGGCAUGUGCUACAUAUUCAUACAUGAUUCAUGUUCAGUGAA